GUCGUGGGGCCGCCGCCGUGGCCCUCGCUGUCUGCGCCUCGCCGCCAGCCCGCGGUGCCCGCGCACGCCGGCCGCCAUCGCCUUCGCGCCUGGCUGGCGGGGGCGCUGUCCUCCCCGGCCGUCCGCGCCGCUCCCUGGAGCUCGGCGGAGCGUGGCAGUCAGGGCCGGCGGAGGCUCGAGGAGCCGGACGCCGCCGCCGGUGUCGCCGCCGGCGCUGCGGGGGCCAUGACCGUGGAGCAGAACGUGCUGCAGCAGAGCGCGGCGCAGAAGCACCAGCAGACGUUUUUGAACCAGCUGAGAGAAAUUACUGGGAUUAAUGAUGCCCAGAUACUACAGCAAGCCUUGAAGGAUAGUAACGGAAACUUGGAACUAGCAGUGGCUUUCCUUACUGCGAAGAAUGCCAAGACCCCUCAGCAGGAGGAGACAACUUACUACCAAACAGCGCUACCUGGCAAUGAUAGAUACAUCAGUGUGGGAAGCCAAGCAGAUACGAAUGUGAUUGAUCUCACUGGAGAUGAUAAAGAUGAUCUUCAGAGAGCAAUUGCCUUGAGUUUGGCGGAAUCAAACAGGGCAUUCAGGGAGACUGGAAUAACUGAUGAGGAGCAAGCCAUUAGCAGAGUUCUUGAAGCCAGCAUAGCAGAAAAUAAAGCAUGUUUGAAGAGGACACCUACUGAAGUUUGGAGAGAUUCUCGAAACCCUUAUGAUAGAAAAAGGCAGGACAAAGCUCCUGUUGGACUAAAGAAUGUUGGCAAUACUUGCUGGUUUAGUGCUGUUAUUCAGUCAUUAUUCAAUCUUUUGGAAUUUAGAAGACUAGUUCUGAAUUACAAGCCUCCAUCAAAUGUUCAAGAUUUACCCCGAAACCAAAAGGUAAAAUUAUGAAAAAUUUUUAAGCAGCGUAUAUAUGGUUUUCAUAUUCUUUUAUCUGUGUUUGCUUUUGGGAAAUUUGCCAAAUCAAAUCUGAAAUAGUGUCAAAUUUGAAUGUGAACCUAUUAAUCUCAGCUACAACAAUAACUUCCUAUCUUGGUUAGUAUAUUGUAAUUAUGAAUUUUUCUUCACCUGUGUGUCAGUAAUAGGCCAAUUUUUUUGUUUCACUUUAGUAAUUGCUUUCUUCUUUUUUUUGGAUGUCAAAUUUCAGUAAAUUUUAUAGGUUACC